GUGUUCAGGCAUGGAAGAAAGGAUUGUGAGCAAGUCUUCCAUAUUUGUUGCUUAUUCAUUUGAUAUUGUUUUAAAUUAUUGUAAGAUUUAUGUAUUAAAUAGUCCUAUGCUUAUGCAACUAAUGUGUGCUAAUGUUUUUUCCCCCAGCUAGAUGGCCCAAUUUUCUGUGUGUUUGUUCAGUGUUCUCAUCGGGCUCAGUUCAACUUCACUGGUCCCAGUGGCCUCCUAGUAAGAAUGACACUACACCAAAGUGGUUUUGCACUAGUAAAGGACUUUUGGGUUGUGGGCCCAGUGGGAUUAUGGCUGGUGAUGCUAUCAUUACAGACAGUGGUGCCAUGCAUGUAGCAGGUGUACCAAUUGUUAAUCCGUCCACCAUUGUAGUUUGGGAGGUCACACCUGGGCCUGGAAAUGGUUUCCAGGUAGCUCCAAAGACAAGUACCACUUGUGCCGUCCCACCUCUUAGCCCACCCAACUGGGCUGGUUUUGCACCUUUAGCUGCAUAUUUAUUUAGCUGGCAGGAUUAUCUAUUAUCUGAAGCUAAGCAAGGGAAAAAACAGACAGACCAAAACCUUCUUGAUGCUGUUCCUCUCUAUUGCUCACCAGUUUCAAAUUUUUCAGCGUAUGUGAGUCCUGAAGCUGCAGCUCAAUCUGCAGCAACUACUACAUGGGGUUCUGGUGUAACAGCAGUAGCCUUUGAUCCAACUCGUGCUGGUUCAGUGAUAGCUGUUGUGAUAGUUGAGGGGCAAUACAUGUCCCCAUAUGAUCCAGACGAGGGCCCAUCAAUUACAGGGUGGAGAGUGCAACGUUGGGAAUCAUCUCUACAGCAUGUUGUUCUCCAUCCUAUAUUUGGAAACCCUACUUCUAGUAUGGGUGGUCAAUCACCUAUGCAAACUGUUUGGCAGUCCAAAGUGGACCUGAGUAUAACUCCAACAAAUGAUUUCAAGAGCCAUCAAUCACCUGCAACUGGAAUGACUUCUGAUGUGCAAAAGGUGUCUGAGGCUGGUUCUGACAAAUCAACAAGGGUGAAUUUUGAUCCGUUUGAUCUUCCAAGUGAUGUCAGGACACUUGCCCGGGUUGUUUACUCUGCUCACGGUGGUGAAAUUGCUAUUGCUUUUCUUCGUGGUGGUGUCCAUGUUUUUUCUGGUCCAAAUUUUACACCUGUAGACAACUAUCAGAUUAACGUUGGUUCUGCAAUUGCUGCUCCGGCUUUUUCUUCAACAAGCUGUUGUUCAGCUUCUGUUUGGCACGACUCUAGCAAAAAUUGUACAAUAUUGAGAAUAAUAAGAGUUCUCCCUCCUUCUAUUCCCAUUAGUCAAGUAAAAGCCAAUUCAUCAACUUGGGAACGUGCAAUUGCUGAAAGGUUUUGGUGGAGCCUUUUAGUAGGAGUUGAUUGGUGGGAUGCUGUGGGCUGCACCCAGAGUGCUGCUGAGGAUGGUAUUGUUUCACUUAACAGCGUUAUUGCAGUUUUGGAUGCGGAUUUCCAUUCUCUCCCUUCUAUUCAGCACAGGCAACAGUAUGGUCCUGUAUGUUACUGUUGAACCAUCACCUUUUCAACAUUUUUGACAUUGGUUUUAAUAGUUUUACUAAAAUUUCCUCUUUUGAAUUUCUCAUUUUUAGUUUCAGAGGGGGUUCAUUCUUUUCCAAUUAACUGUAGUGAGAGAGAAAUUGUUCCGUAUUAACUGUGGGUGGAAUCUUUCUGGGAUACAACGUAAGAUGGAAUUUUGGACCCAGCAGCAAGUG